AUGGCUUCAUUACACCCAACGACUCCAGAUGUUUAUGGGCCCGGAUCCCAUACAGACAAGACAUUCACACCAGUGCCCGAAGAGACUCAAAGAAUUUUCAACUUAUUAGUUUCUGAAACUCCUGGAUUUACCAACAACAAGAAUGCUCUUUCCAAAGUCCGAUUUGAGGGAGACGAAUUCCCUGUUCUCCCUGGACCCAUCAAAGCCGUACCAAUAUCUUCAGCUCUACACGCAAUGACGGGUGUCAUUGCAAACGAAAUACUAUCUCAAAGAGACUUGCCAGAAUCAGAGUCCGUACUUGUUAACACAACCCAGGUUGGAUUCUGGUUCGCAUUAGUGGGACUUGGUUAUGUUGGUGGUGAGAACGUACUUUCUCUUGUCAAGCAGCAGAAAACAAAGUCCAUCGUUCCGGACUUUGAACAAGGAUGGUACGAUAAACCCAUCAAAUACCGUGGGACUUCCAUUUAUCCAACCAAGGACCCAAAGGUCUGGUAUGCGAUUCAUGGAUCUCUUGCUGCCGAACCGAUGUUGAAAUCUAUGGGAAUCGAUACGGAAACUCCAUGCAAUAGCAAUGACGAGGCUUGGGAACGAAUUGCAGAGUAUACACGCACUAAAAGCCCGGAAGAGCUGGAGAUGUUUAAUGUUAUGAAUGGUAAUUGUGGAAGCAUAUGUUUCACUCCGGAAAAGUGGAACAAUAGCGAAAUGGGGAAAGCUCUUGCGGCUCGUCCUUUUAUCGAUGUUCGUCCUCAAUCGCAUGCUGCUCCGACUCCUCGAAUCGCCUUUCCUCCAGUUUCUUCAAACGACAGGCGACCUUUAGCUGGGAUUAAAGUCGUUGAGAUGACGAGAAUUAUUGCUGGCCCGGUAAUUGGAAAUUUUCUCGCUUCUUACGGCGCAGAAGUCAUCCGGAUCAACGCUGAACAUCUCAUUGAUAUCAAUGUCAUGCAACUUUCCCUCAAUACCGGCAAAAGAACUAUUGGUCUUGAUAUCAGAAAAAGUGAAGACUUGGACUAUCUCAAGUCUUUGAUACGAGACGCCGAUGUUUUCAUUCAAGGAUUCCGAAUCAACAAGCUACCAAAAUACGGACUCGGUGUCAACGAUCUCCUAACAAUGGCAGCAGAGAGACAAACAGGCUAUGUUUACGUAUCAGAAAACUGCUACGGAACGAGUGGUCCCUAUGCAGAACGUCCGGGCUGGCAACAAAUUGCAGAUACUGCAGCCGGAAGUGCUUCAGUCCAAGGACGGGCUUUUGGGUUGGAGAAUGGUGAAAGUGUUUUGCCAAGUCUGCCGAUUUCUGAUAUGACGACGGGACUGGUUGGUGCUCUCGGCGCUAUGAUGGCUCUUCGCGAUCGAGCUAGGCAUGGUGGAAGUUAUCAUGUUCAUUCUUCUCUUGUGGCUGUUAAUACAACUGGGCUUAGACCUGAGAUUGGAUUAUACUCCCCUGAUAUUGUGAAGGAAAAUCAAGAAAGAUUCAAGUGGGCUCCUAUGAGAGGUGCACACCAUGUGUUUGAAUUACUUUUCAAUGUUUGCGAUGGAUGGAAACAAUACUUCGGGCAAAACUUGGACGAGGAUAGUGGGUUGUUUAGUAGCUUUGAGAAGAGUGCCUUUGGAGAGAAGAAGUUGAGCGUAUUGAAGCCUUGUGUGAUGAUGGUGGGGGUUGAGAAAGAGGGCGAGCUGGGGUGGAAGACGGGUAGUGUGCCAUAUUGCUUUGAGAAGAAGGAAGAUGUGAAAUGGGCAUCCGCAGCUUAG